AUGUCGACUAAUGAUGAUAACAUACAUUUAUUACCAUUGGAUGAUUAUAAUGAUUUUGAGAAUUCUUCAAAUAAAUCAGAAAAUGAUUCAAUUGAAGUAGUCAUUGAAUAUAGUAGUUCUGACGAUGAAUUAGAAAUUAAUGGUGAUGAUCACUAUAGUUCUGUACUUAACGUUGAUAAUAAUCGUUCUUUAUUUGAUGAUAUUAAUAAAGGUUAUUCUACACUUCAUGUUGUUAAUCGUUGUCCAACACUUGAUCUUAAUAAUAAACAUUCUUUAUUCGAUGAUACUAAUGAGAAUUGUGCUGCGUGUGAUGAUACAUAUUCACAAUUUAAUUCAGAGGCAUCAAAUGAUGAUGAUGAACUUGAAUAUCAUGCAUUAAAUAUAUCUUCUACAUCUUUAUCAUCUCAUCCGUCAUUGUUGGCAACUAAUACUAUUGCAUCAAGUAAUAAUGGAAUCAAAGAAACAUCAAAACUUUCCUUCAAACAACUUCAACGUCAAGGUGCUAAAUUAAGUCUUGAAUUAAAACAUAAUCCACCAUCAUGUGAAUGGUAUUAUCGUUUCAUGAAACUUCAUAGAUUAUCUUUACAAUGUCCAAAAAGACAACAAAAAAUUCCUCUUAUCGAUGCUUAUAAACUUGUUUCUUCAUUUCAUUCUUAUAUUCGACGUGCAAGCAAAUGGGAUCCUAGGCAAGAUCCUAUGGGAGCUUUCACACAAAGUGAUAUUUGUAAUAUAGACGAAAGUCUUCUUCAAUUAUUUGGUGAUCAAGGAAAACUUAGUAUUAAUGAUAUUGGUACACCAAAUGAUAUAGAAGGAAAUCUUAGUGAUAAACGUUUUGCAACAUUGAUUCUUACGGUGUUUGAUCAAGAUAAUUCUCGACUCGAGCCUGUUCUUAUUUUCAAAGUGGAGGAAUAUAUUGAAAAGAAUGAACCUAGGAAUAAAAUAAAACUUUCAACAUCACAAUCACGUAUUCUUUACAACAGAUUUACUUGGUCUGCAUGGAUACGAACAUUGAAAAGCAUCGAUUUUCUUAAAGCUUAUCACGACGUCAGUUAUAUUUGGACAGAUAAUUCACCUGUCUCACUUCGUUCAAUGCCCGGUUAUACGUUUGAUCCAACAUCAGUUGAAUGUUUGUCGUUAGUGGAUGAUAAUUACGAUAAUGAAGAACAUAUUGAUAUUGUUGCUGAAGAAGCUUCAUAA